AUGCAAAAAAAACGUGUACAGCUUUCAUUUUUGAUACGUAAUGAAAAUGAACGUUUACAUCGUGGCGGGAUUAAUUCAUUGAAAUAUGAUGCAAAAACUGACAGACUCUAUACAGCUGGUCGUGAUUCCGUUAUACGUGCAUUCGAUUGCAAACGAUAUGGAUCAGAUAUGUACGACUAUUCAAUGGAACAUCAUACAGAUUGGGUAAAUGAUUGUGUUGUUGUCAAUUUUGGAAAACAUAUGUUAUCUGCGUCCAGUGAUUCUACAAUUAAAGUUUGGAACGCACCAAAAGGUGUUUGUAUGUCGACAUUAAGAACUCACAAAGAUUUUGUCAAAUGUCUUGCAUAUGCAAAAGACAAAGAACAAGUUGCAAGCGGUGGUUUUGACAACAAUAUUUUCUUGUGGGAUAUAAAUGUAUUGACGGCUUUGACAGCUGUUAAUAAUACCGUUACAACAAUGAAUUCGUACGCUAGCGUUUUGGUGAGCGGUUCACCUGAAAAUGUCAUACGUGUAUGGGAUCCAAGAACAUGUACAAGGCUUAUGAAACUACGUGGUCAUACAGAUAAUAUUCGUGCAUUACUGUUGAGUAGGGAUGGAACGCAGUGUAUAUCAGGUAGUUCGGACGGACAUAUUCGAAUAUGGUCAAUUGGACAACAGCGUUGUAUUACAAAACUUGAUAUUCAUUCUGAUGCUGUCUGGACAUUAUGUGCCAAUGAUUCAUUUACAAAACUAUAUUCUGGAGGACGUGAUCGUCGUGUUUAUCUAACAGAUUUAACUGACCCAAACCGAAGUGUUGAACUUGGAAAAGAUCAACAACAACUGUGGAUAUCUACAACCGAAUCAAAUGUUCGGUGUUGGAAUGUAAAAGAUAGUCUAUCAGCUGUGAGUCAAGACACGUAUUAUGAAACAGAAGUUAUUUGCAAAUAUCCAGAUAUCACCAUACAAGGUGGUGCUGCUUUAAAACAAUACAAUAUUCUAUCUGACAAACGUUAUAUAAUAACAAAAGACUCGAAUAACAACGUUGCCGUCUACGAUGUAUUACAGGCUAAAUUAACAGAAAAUCUUGGUAAAGUUGAUUAUGAAGAAGAAAUUAAAAACCGUACAAAGCCUGUAUUUGUUCCAAAUUGGUUUAGUGUUGAUCUCAAAGUUGGCAUAUUAACAAUAACACUAGAAGAAAGUGAUGUGUUUUCUGCUUGGAUAUCGGUGAAAGAUAAUGACGGAGAAUCAAAUGAUGCUAAAGGAACGAAUGAUGCUUAUGCUGAACGUGUACGAUUAGAGAAUAUGUCACAUAUACCGGGUCAUACACCAAUAUUUAUUAGUGAAAUUGGAGGCCGGACAUUAUAUCGUUUUCAGUGUAAAGAAGCAGCCGGAGAACCUGAGCAAGGUUUCCUCUGUGAAUUUUUACCAGCGUUCAUAACAAAUGUUAUUGUGAAACAUCAACUUCCUCUACUGACAAAAAUUCCUUUUGUACUACAUCAACAGAUCAACAAUAAAGCUAUUAAAAGAGACCGUUUAUCUGCCAGUGACAUGAUGUUGGUUAAAAAAGUGAUUGAAUAUAUCUAUGAACGAUAUAUUCUUAAUGAACAACAACAACAACAACAAAUGCAACAACCCCAGCAAGCAUCACUUCCUUAUGGUGGAACAAAUGGAGCGAGCAAUCAUGAAAGCAACGAACAACGGGAAGCAGAUAUUAGCAAAAGUAUUGAUCAUAUUGAAUUGUUAUGUCAAGAACAGAUACCGAUAGAUUUGGUUCCUCAAAAUAAACACCAAACAAUGGACCAAACAACUAUGCAUAUGUGUGGUAUAGAUGUCAUUUUCCCAUACAAACCAUAUCCAUGCCAAAUAGCCAUGCUCCAAAAAAUAAUCAAAGGUUUACAAUCAAGGAAAAAUUGUUUACUCGAAAGUCCAACCGGUACUGGAAAAACGUUAACGUUAUUAUGUGCUGCACUAGCUUGGCAACAAAAUGAAAUUGAGCAAGCUAAACAAGUAACGAUAACACUACCACCAUUAGUCGAUGCGUCAAUAAAACAAGAAAUGCCAACAUCAGUACCUUUACCACCGCCAAGUGAACCAUCUAAACCAGAACCAGUUUCAAGAAUAAUUUAUUGUACUCGAACACAUAAACAAUUAGAACAAGUUGUUAGGCAAUUGAAAACAACCGUGUAUAAUGAGAAAGUACGCAUGACACUAUUAGCAUCGAGACAACAAUAUUGUAUUCAUCCAAUAGUGUCAAAACAGCCAAAUAAAAAUUAUGAAUGUAAAAAGUUGAUUAAUACAAAAGAAAAUCAGCAAUCAUCGAAUGGCGGUUGUAGUUUUUAUUCACGAUUAAAAACAAAAGCUGUUGGUGAUCUAUUGAAAGGAAAUAAACAUAAUCAAUUACCAAAAUUAUUUGAUAUUGAAGAUUUUUUAGAAUAUUGUCAACAAACUCAUGGAAUAUGUCCAUAUUAUACGAGUCGAAUGUUAAUUGAUUCUGGUUCUCUUGUACAAAUUGUGUUUUGUCCAUAUAAUUAUGUUGUCGAUCCAAGAAUAAGAAAUGCAAUGAAUCUAAAUGUGAAUAAUUCAAUUGUUAUCAUUGAUGAAGCUCAUAAUAUUGAAGAUUGUGCUCGCGAAGCGAUGAAAUUCAAAUUUACUAAAUACAUGUUUGAAUUAGCAUUUAAAGAACUAAAAGCAAAUCUUGAAGCUGUCGAUAUUAUAUUACAUAAUUCACGACAACAGCCAUCAAAGCCAUUGGUGAAUGCAAAUAGUGGAUUACAACAAACUCAGACUCAACGUCGAGGAGCCGCCUAUUCAGAAUUGGAUACAAUUAAUGAACAAAAUGAUUUAUUAGAUCAUUUGGGUAUUGAUCAAUUUGGAAAUAUGGCUCAACUACCACCAUUGCAAAGUGUCAAUAAUAUAACAAAUAGUACAUCUGAUGAAGAACAAUUACAAGAUUCAAUAAAAUUUCUUGUUGAAAGAUUUAAUCGUUUAUUAGUGUGGUUUGAUACGAAAAAACCAGAAGAAACAAUUACUUUCAACGCUAUGGAUCUAGUGACAGAGUUUCAUCAUGUAAAAUUUAUUAAUAAAACAUUGAUAAAUAUCAGCGAACAACAGACAAAGAAACAAACAACUGCUUCGGUUCAUCAAUCAACAUCAAAAUCGACAGUAAAAGAUGCAUGUCGUUUUCGUAAAGCUUUGAAUAAAAUAACAUCGAAUAGUUCCGAAUCAUUGAUAUUUACAGAUGACAUACGAUUGUUCAUGGAAGAAUUUGAAUUAUUUUUAUCCAUCAUAUACGCUGAUGAUUACCAGUUUUGCGAUGAUUACAAAGUGAUAAUGAAAACUGUCCAAUUUGAAAUGACAACGACAAUGCUAUCACAACAACAACAACAACAGCAGCAGCAAACUUAUCAAGACGAUGAAAAUAAUGAUGUAUGGUUAGACAUGUCAGAUAAACAAACACAAGGAAAACGUUACAAGAGAUCGUUGGAAAAAUCCGACUAUCCACUCUACACGAUCCAACUUGAAUAUUUUUGUUUAUCACCAUCUGUUGCAUUUGCUAAAGAUUUAAAAUUAACACGUUCCAUCAUAUUUGCCUCUGGGACAUUGGCACCAUUGGCCACGUAUCCAUCAGAAUUAAAAAUACCAUUUGAUUUUCAGAUGGAAUGUGAUCAUGUUAUAGAUAAACAGCGAACAUUUAUAACAGCAUUAAGCAAUGGAAGAAAUGAACAAAUUAAAUUAAAAGCAACAUAUCAAAAUAUCGAUAAAAAUGAGUUUCAGGAUGAAAUUGGCAAUUUGAUAUUAGAUAUUUGUCAGAAAAUUCCAUAUGGUGUAUUAGCAUUUGUUCCUUCCUAUAGAUUUCUUGGUAUUUUACGUGAUCGUUGGUUAAAAUGUGGAAUAUGGGACAGAAUAUCAAAAUAUAAAGCAAUAUUUUUUGAAGAAAAAGGCAGCGAAAAUUUUGCUAAUAUAAUAAAAUUAUUUUAUGAAGCGAAUGGAACGACGAAAUCAGUCAUAAAAACAGAAUCAAAACCAAAUCCUAAACGUAUUAGCACGUGGAAACGAAAACAUACUGAUGAACAUACUACUUCAAAUCCCACAGGAGGUGAUGGAACGUCUCCUGGCGGUGGUUUACUUAUUGCUGUUUGUCGUGGACGGGCUAGCGAAGGUAUUGAUUUUUCUGACAAUAAUGCACGUUGUGUGAUAACAAUCGGUAUUCCAUAUCCAAACCUCAAGGAUGAUGAUGUUGUAUUUAAACGUGAUUAUAAUACGAAACAACAUUUAACAUGUCCUAGUGUUAUGAAUGGUAAUGAUUGGUAUGAUUCACAAGCAUUUCGCGCUCUCAAUCAAGCUUUAGGCCGAUGUAUUCGACAUCGAAAUGAUUGGGGUGCAUUAAUCAUCGUUGAUGAACGUUUUGUUAAUUCAAAUACAAAAUGUAAUAAUAAAAUAUCGAAAUGGAUUCGUCAACGUUUACAUCUUUAUCCAACAUAUUCAAAUGUUAUUGAAUCUUUAGAAAAGUUUAUUGAAAAUAUGAAGACGAACAAAGAGAACAUUGAAUUACAAACGAAUAAAGCAGUAAUUGUUUUAAAUGAAAAUGAAGGACGAAAAUCAUUAGAAAAUAUAAAAUCAAUUAGGAAUGAUGAUGAAGAUCAACGACUUAAUUUUGGUGCUCCAUCAAUAACCACUACCAUCAUGUCAUCAUGGCUAUUACAGCCUGAACUUCCAAGUUCGAAAAUGGACACGUCAUGUUGUAAAGCAUCACCACUAGUUCAAUCAAAUUAUAAAUGGCAAGUUCCUAUUGAAGAUGACGACUAUAAGCCACCUGUUAUUACACCUGCUCAUCAACGUUUUAUGUCAGGCAGACAACAGCAAAAAUUUCGAAAUAAUACACCAACAUCGAGUAAUUUGAGUCAGUUUCAUUGUCCAUCGGCUACAAACUCUUCAAAACGAAAUCAAUCCGCCACCUCACUAGAAACAACGACAACGUUAGACAUCAUCCUGCCAGACACUUGUAGUACUCAAAAAUCGCCUUAUUUUCAACAUUCAAAGAAUAAAGUUAAAAUGGAAGUUGAGAACGUUCAAAUAUCGACACCAACCAGUGAAAAUCGAGUUGAUGCGGACGACAAUGACGAUGAUUUUGUAAAAGUAAAAAAGCAUUCACUUAAAACACAAAUGUCAAUCUCAUCACAGAGUAAAAGAAUUAAAUCAACUAAAUUUUAA